GAUAAGAAAGUAAAUAACCCGGUCAUAAUGGCCACCAACGAUGAAUCAGAUGUCAUCGUCCUCCGUCGUUGUGGAAGUGUAAACAGACCCAUACCCCUUCGGCAACCUCCAAAAGAAAACACCCGCAAGAUUCCCCAGCCCAAUCCGGACUCCUCGCAAAACAGACACGCUGGUGUUCAGGCAGUAAGCGACAUCCAGAAAGACACUGGAAAUGGAACUGGGACUCAUAAAGGUGACACCCCUACUGGCAAAUUGCCGUCCAAAAAAGAGACUCCAUCAAAAGAAGAGGCAAUGGAAGAGCUCAAUCGCUUCCGGGUAGAGAUUGUCCAACAGGCACACCUGGCUCGCUUCAAAGACCUCAACUUUCCUACAGCCAACCCAGAAGUCCUCGAAAGAUGCCGAACUGGUCCUGGAACGGAUCCAAACUCUGAUGUUUACCUGUCGAUCACCAAAUGUCGUCUUGCUCCAAACCAAUCAGCAUGCAUUUCCAGUGCAACGGCCUUCUUAUCUAGAGUUGACCUGGAGGCAGAUAAGCCCCUCCUGUCUGAGGCUGAGGCAGUUGCUGCUCAGUGGAAAGCCUAUGAACUCAGUCCUGCUAUCUACCCAAUCGUUACAGACGGAGAGGUGACCCUGUCAUCUGAACCAACUGAUGAGCAAAAGCAUAUACGGACACAGCUUGCAUAUUCUUGUCUCCAAGGGGGUGCUGACGGCCAGAAUACCGGGACCGGGAAGGGACAAAAGCAUAGCUGGACUGAUAUUUACUAUGCUAAUUGGGAAUACCGUCCGCAUUCCUGCUCCUCUACCUAUGAGGCAUUUCGUGAUUGGUUCCGUCGUUGGCUCAAUGCUACCAUCCAAAUUUGUUGCUAUGCCGAUAUUUAUCACCACGCUUUUUUUGAUGGAACGGCGCAUCCGGAUGGCGUACGUACUAUGUAUGUUCCAGAUUUAGACGACCAUACGACUCGCCUUAAAAUGGAAGAUAAAGAGUCGCGACUCCAUCAGCAUGAAACUGUCCAAGGUUACUGCCACAACUGGGAGAUUCACGAUAAGAAGGAACGUGACGAAUACCGGCUUCGGCGGGAGAUUGCACGCGAGCAUUAUCUUGAAGGUUUGAGAAAUGUUCCACAACCCAGUCCAAGUGUGCUCAAGGAAAACGUUUACCUCCGCCCUGUUGAAGUCGGCGAUGUGCCAGGGCUCCUUGAAAUCUUCAAUUGGUACUCAGAUAACUCUCCUCUGAGCUCUAAUAUCGAUACUCUCCAGUCUGAGGAUAUUCGUCAGAGUAUUGAUAACAGCAUUGAGGAGAAACUGCCCUUCCUUGUUGCUACGGAGCGCAAAAUCGGGGCUAUAUCAAAAGGAAGUCCUGGAAGGAUCCUCGGUUAUGCACUAGCGACUGACUACCUUGGACGCAGAACCAGUGGUCGAUUUACGGCAGAGUUGCAGCUGUUUGUCAAACCUGGACACUUGCAUAAAGGCAUCGGAAAGUGUUUAAUGGAUAAGCUUCUGGAAGUUUGUGACCCUACCUACAUUCCGAAGCGUGGCUACUUCUUCGAUUGCAAUAGGGAUGACCAUGCCGGGUACUGGUCAGGAGGUCGACGCAGACUUGGCCGCCUUCUUUUUAUCAUCAGCUACCCACCUGACAAAAAAUCUACUUACAGCUGGAUUGAAGGCUGGCUCAAAAGCAAUUAUAACUUUGAAGAGCAGGGUCAGCUCAAGGGUGCGAGAGUCAAAUUUGAUCGUUUCCUCAACGUCACUUACCUUAUUCGAAAUAUCGGUUACCAUACCGGUGAUAGGUUCGAGCCAUAG